UACCGUUUCUAUUUGCAUUUUUUUUUAACUGGACGAAUAAAGGAGGCAUCGACAAUUGUUCAAAUAGAUUUGGAAAAUUGGAACAUAUAAAAGCGCGAGCAAUUAUUCGAUUUAUAGAAAGAGUUUGGCUUCAUUGGUUAGACAUAUUCAUUCUAAAGAUGAAGUCCUUACCGUUUAUUAUUUUGGCUUUGGCCUUAUUUUUACCAACUAUUUGGUCGGCAUCUAUUCUCGAUUUCGAUGAUAAAUUAGCGUUAAUUCGGAAAAGGCGAUCAGGGGAAGACGAUGGCGGUAGUGCUGACGUCGUCGACAAUCCUGACGCCGAUGACGCCGAUGACGCCGAUGACGCCGAUGACGCCAAUGACACCAAUGACACCAAUGACACCAAUGACACCAAUGACACCAAUGACACCAAUGACACCAAUGACACCAAUGACACCAAUGACACCAAUGACACCAAUGACACCAAUGACACCAAUGACACCAAUGACACCAAUGACACCAAUGACACCAAUGACACCAAUGACACCAAUGACGCCAAUGACACCAAUGACACCAAUGACACCAAUGACACCAAUGACACCAAUGACACCAAUGACACCAAUGACACCAGUGACACCAAUGACGCCAAUGACGCCAAUGACACCAAUGACACCAAUGACACCAAUGACACCAAUGACACCAAUGACACCAAUGACGCCAAUGACACCAAUGACGCCAAUGACACCAAUGAUACCAAUGACGCCAACGCUGGCGGCGGCAGCACGGGGGGCGGCAGCACUGACGUUGGCAGCAACGGCGGCGGCAGCACUGACGGCGGAAAUACUGCCGGGAACAACGGCGCCGGCAACAGUGGCGAUGGCAUCAGUAACAAUACUGACGGCGAUUCAGGCAGUAUCUCUGGAAAUGGCGGAAAUUCUGGUGCAAAUUCUAAUAACAAUGCCGCUCGUCUCCGUCGGGCUCAAAGACUUCGGCGACUUCGGCGACUUCGACGACAGCAAGCACUCCGGCGUCGCCAACGGGCAGCGCGUGCACGCAGGGCUCGUAGAGCCCGCAAACUCCGUAACAAAAGGCGGCGAAAUCGCCAACGAAGGCUACGUAAUCGACGUAGGCGCAACCGCCGUAUUCGCAACCGUCGGAAUCGCAAUCGCAGAAAUCGCAAUCGACGCAAUCGCAACCGCGGAAAUAGAAAUCAACGUGGUUAAAUCUCUGCAAAAUGGUCUGGCAUUUCUAAAUAAAUAGUAAA